AUACCAUUCUAACAUACUACGCUGACUUGUACUUUUUGAAGCGUACAAUAACCUAAUAUUUCAAUUUCAGUAAGUUAAAGUUUAUGUGCAAGAAUGGAUGAAAUUCCAGAGGAGCUAGCAAAAGAAUUAGAUUUAUAUAGGGAUACUUCAGUUAGAUAUUUAGGUUACGCAAAUGAAGUAGGAGAAGCAUUCAGAUCAAUAAUCGGUACCAAAUGGGUAAACGUUUCAUACGCCGUAGCCACUUUGUACGUUUUGGCUGAUACAACCGAUAAAAGUAUAGCAGUUUAUAAGACGGCGAUAAAUGAAAAAAACCACACCAAAAAAGUGGUUUACACAACUGCAGAUACUCUCAUUUGGCAAUUGAUGGCUUCAGUGGCAAUUCCUGGAUUCACAAUAAAUAGGGUUUGUGCAUUAUCCAACUAUCUAUUGAAAAAAGGUGAGAAAAUUCCUUCCUAUAACAGAAAAUGGUUGGUCACGGGUAUUGGAUUGUUCACUAUACCAUUUAUAAUCAAGCCUAUCGAUAAGUUUGUAGACUUGGCGAUGGAUAAAAGCCUUAGAAAGUAUCAACCUGAGUAGAAUUCGUUCUAAAGUAGAAAAAUAGUAAACAUUCCUCUGGAGAUCUCGAUUUUUGAAGAAGAAUAAUUAAUUGUAGAUAUAAAUACCUACUGCUUCACACUGCGAUAAAUAUACAAAAGAUACUGCCAUGCGUUUUUUAGGUUUCCAGUAAUUUUUUUAUGUGUUUAAACUUUCUUCUCUAGGCGCCGUCUCCGCUUCGAAGGUUGACAAUCAUCAUAGCGAUUUUUAAUUUGAGAUCUAGGCUCUAAAUAAUUCGUUUGUAAACCAUUCCCCUAAGGUUCUUCAGCCAUGAGCUGCGUCUCCUUCCUAUGGAUCUUUUUCCCUGGAUUUUUCCUUGCAUAUUGACCUGGGGUAUUAGAUAUUUAUCUCCUCUCAUCACUCAUGUCAUAUAUAUCUCAGUUUUCUUCACUUAAUUUGUAGAAGUACUUCUCUUUCCUUAUGCAUACAUCUCAUUACCUCUACGUUGGUUAUUCUAUCUACCCAUGAAAUAUUCAGUAGGUACUCUUUGGUACAUCCACAAAUCGACAUCUCGAAUGCCUCCAGUCUCAUCACGUCGAGUUUCUUCAGUGUCCAUGCAUUCAUCCCGUAGUAUAAUACGGAGAGCACAUAGCACCUCAGCAGUCGUAUUUUUAACUCAAGGUUUAAGUCCCGACAGCAGAGAAGCCUCUUCAUUCUUGUAAAUAUGCUUCUGGCCUGUUCGAUUCUGGUUCGUAUUUCUUGAGAACUGUCAUUGUUUUCAUUAAUGGUUGUACCUGUCCAUCCCAACUUGACUUUACAGUAUAGGGAACAUAGGCAAUGCAGUCCUUAUGAGAGUUUUUAGGGCGGUGAUGCCGAUUUUAUCAAAAAUAAUUUGUAAUCGAACAUUAGAGAGAUUAAAUUAAAACUGUUUUAGAAAGACAAUCUACAAUUUUAGGAUUCCUAUGCGUUUAAGUUUAUUUGAUAUAGGUACUAUAGAUAUUACGCAUACGACUCCUAAAAUUGUAGAUUGUCUUUCUAAAACAGUUUUAUUCGAAUAUCUGUAAUGUUCGAAUACAAAUUCUUUUUGAUAAAAUCAGCAUCACAGCGCUAUAAACUCUCAUAAGGACUGCAUUGCCUAUGUUCCCUAUACUGUAAAGUCAAAUUGGGACGGACUAUAGGUAUUUGAAUUCUUUUGACAGUAUUGCUGCUAGACAGGUAAAUUGUCACUGUAUACCGAGUGUACCGAUCAAACUGUGUUUUUUUCUCAAAGCUCACCACACCCUGUGGAAUAUUCUAGCAUUUCUAAAAUACUGAAAUUAAACCAUAGCUAUAGCCUCAGACUUUCUUAACAUUCUGUUUUUUGAUUAAAUCCCUUAUGUUGAGUAAUAAAAAAGUUAGGUACUUUAACAACUAGCCAUGUUCUUCAUAAAUACAGUUUGCUUUAUAAACAUAUGUCAGCAAAUGCUUCGUUUCGGAGAUACGGAAUGUUGAAAUUUUUCUGACAAACUGAUGAUUUAUUUAGUGCUCUAAAACUGGUUGAGAUAUGCAAUUGAAAUUUGGUAUGUUUUAAGAUGUAGUUAUUGCGAACUUGCAAAUUUUAUUUGCAUAUCGCAACCGGUUUUACAGCAAUAAAUAAAUCGUUAGUAUGUAAGAAAAAUUUCAACAACCCGUAUCUUGGAAACGAAGCAUUUACGUUUAUAAAGCAAACUGUCAUUUCUUUUUCAUGUUGGAUUACCGUUUAAAGUUUGCCGCACAUCCUGUAUUGAUGAAAAACAUGGCUAGUUGUUAAAAGUACCGAACUUUUAUUGUCCAACUUAAGCGAUUGAAUAAAAAAACAGAAUGUUAAGAAAAUCUGAGGCUGUAGUUGAGUUUUAAUUUCAGUAUUUUAUAAAUGCUAGAAUAUUCCAUAAGGUGUGGCGAACUUAAAAAAAACACAUUUUGAUUGGUACACCCCGUAUACAAUGACAAUUUACCUGUCUAGCAACAAUAUUAUUUUAGCGAUAUUGUUAAAGAAUAAGGCUAUAACAUAUUUUAAAAAAUCAUUUAAAUCGAACGACAGAUUUAGAAAAUUCGAGACGUCAAAAAUGAGGUGCGUUAAUUUCUUGGAGUACCUAGUGUAUUUUCUUUAUUCAAAUUUGCGGAGUAAUAUUACCGAUUGUGCCAAUUUUUAAACCUCAUUUUGAUUAUUUUUAAUUUGUUAUCUAUAUUUAUAUGAAACUAAAAAUAUAUAUCGUUUAAAAAAUAA